GAAAUACUUAUUUUCAAUUUUGUGAAAUAAUAGUGUUCUCGAGGUCAGAGUUCGCAGCAAACAAUGUAUAUAGGUAGUAUUCAUAAAUCGAGAUUCGGUUAUUUAAUUGAUGCUGACUUUAUGCUGGUCUACACAAUAUUACGGACCAAAAAAUACUUCCAAAAACAAACCUUGUUACGCUUUAGCUGCAGCUGAGGGAAGGCAUCGCGAGGAAACCAGCACAUUUAUUAUAUAUAAGCAUAUGGGUUAGGUCCCCUACAACUUUGCGGAGGUCAGAUGGGAGUCGCUUCGUGAACCUGACUCACUAUUUCAAUAUUCAUUAAUUUCAGGCAUGUGCUUCUUUUUCUGUAAGCUUGCACGAGAUUCAGGAAUAGAGGCCAUAGAGACCGAUGGCGUGGAACCCGUUUCGGAAACCAAAACCCUGGUGGAAAUACGCGCUGUGUUUAUCAACUGCCAACUUAAUGAAGCUCAAUCCUCGCCAGAUACAGAAGCGGCUAGAUUUCAGCGAGAAGAGUUGUUCAAACACAACGCUUUGAGGGACUGUGACACUAAGUUAGCACUCACUCUCAAACUUGCAAGCUUACCAGAAGGAAGUUCUGAUGAGUAUAUUCCAAUCGACCACGUCAUAGACGGUCCUACAAAGAAACGUGUUCGCCUGCUGAAUCCGUACGUUCUACGGCUGCGGUGGGAGAAUCCUCUACAAGCGUAUAAACUACAAAACAAGGAUACUGUCACUGGAGUUUUUGCUGAAACUGAUAAACGUUCAAUAAAAAAAAUAGAUACCAAACACACAAAGGACCGGAUUACUCGAAGUGCGGAUCAAAUGGUGAAAGAUUUAUCUGAUAGUCUCGAGGCCACAUCAUUUUUUACUGCAAGUCAUGACACGCAUGAACAAAUGACAUCCUUUUAUCCAGCUAAACCUGUAUAUAACAUUGGGAAUAAUGCGGCUUCAGAAAAUUGUUUAAACACGUCUUUAAUCAGAGAAAAACGUCAACAACAAAACGUCUUUGUUGAACCUCCCAGUUCCAAUGUAGGGGGUUCAUGGAUAUCUAAUUUUGACUCUUCUAAUGCGGAAGAAGAGACUGAGACGUCUGAUGCCGUUCAACAAGCAAAUUUACUUGACAAAUAUAAAACACUGGAUGAAACUCAAGAAAGCAGCUUAUGGAAAAAGACAAAUAAUCAACUCAAUAAAUUUUAUCCCCAAAGUGCAAAAUUAUCCCAUAAACAUCACAUCUAUCCGAAGAAACUAGUGACGGAAAAUAGGUUGAAUAAUGGCGAUGGUAUCGACGAUAGUGAAUACCUUAGGGAAAUUGAAAAUUCUGAUGUAGUUUUAGAUCGGCAGCAAAACUACAGGGGUAUUCCCACAAGCACUGAGCAUAUUUCGUCCGUGAUAAGAGACAUUGAUUCGCUUGAAAAAACCUUUUCUAUAUACGACAUUGGAAGCCCAGAUGUGUGGUGCGUAGUUCAUGUGCAGCUUUUCGAGAAACUUAAUACACCAGAAGGGAAGACUGUUUGGAAUGACAUAACAAAAGGAGAAGUAGCCAGGCAAUUAUAUGUUUAUUUAUUUUUGCAGAACUUUCACCAUAUAAGCCAUGGGUUUGGUAUAGUAUUCCAGCGAUUUGUCCCAGAUUGGUUCCAGCUAUGUUACCACCUACCUAACCUAUCUUUGCAACAAUGUAUUGAAGGCAAUAUGUUUAUUUUAUUAUGGUCCACGCAUUAUCUAUGGGAAUUUGUAUGCGACAGUGUGAGCUCCGUGGAUCCAGAAUGGAGAGACCAGGACCUGCACAUUCGGUAUCGGUCAGCGGAGAGGACUUCUCAAGAGCAGUACACGUUGCCGGCGGCGACCAAUUUGUGUCUGAUUGUCCCACACACCGGCAAUGGUGAUGAUACGGACUACAUAAUAGUACCAACAGAAGAUGUUGUCUUAUUAAAUAACGCUGAUUUAACAUUGAAAAAACGUAAUGAAAUGGACUCAAGUAAGGUUUCAGGUGACGAACUUGCAGCCAAGCGUCAUCGCAAAGUCAUGGUGCGUAUUGAGAGGUCUUUACAAACAGACAUUGAGAAUCUGGACAUAGUGAAGCGUGGGUCAGAACAGUUUUUGAUGUUACCGCACCGGUGGCCUCACCACGUCCAAAUAGAUCUGGAAGCGCGUGCUGAUGAUAACCAGCUGAUCCGAGUGGGAGCGGACGGUCGGAUCACAACGGCGGUGUCGGACAACAGUCGUCACACGCGCACAGUGUUCACAGUGCAAGCCACCAAUACCGGACUUGCUGCUGCCAAAUUCAGGGUAAAGACUCGAGAUUGCGGUCCUGAGGUGUCUAAUUUGAUUGAAACUAACAUCGGCACUCGCGCCCAGACUGACCUUGUGUUGAUCCCUCCGAGACACACCAGGCGCAUCUCUCUGGACCUCCCUGUCGAAUUUCCUGCUGAUGUAGCUCACUGUUCGCUUGCAUUGGUAAACCAAGAUGAUGAAUCGGUGGCUAUCCGAGAUGUAACCAUAAAGCGAGGCGAUAGAUGUUUCUGCGUGUGGCACUGUGCCUGUGUUUGUUUAAGUGAAGAUCCAAAGUUACUAUGUCGAGAGAUGUCAGAGUCCCGCCAGGCGGCAGCAGGCCUGUCUCGGUCGCUGUCGCGGCGCACGCGCAACGUGUGCUACCCGGAUCGGCGAUACAUCAACAUAUCUGUUGUCGUAGGAGGCGUGCUGACCCUUCUGUUUCUACUAGGUCUAUUAAAAGCCUGCCUAGGCUUGAUUUUUCCGUCCAUCGGAACGCUCUACUUAGACAAGAUAGUGGUAUUCCCGAGGAUGCUGGACCGGUACUACGAGGCGAGCUUGGCUGACAGGCGGGUCGUGUACGAUGAAGAUGGGUGGCCGGUGCAUCCUAACACCAAAGAACGGAAUGUUCGGUUCAUCAGCAGAGGAAUGGAAUUCGUCUUGAACAUAAUAUUUUUCAUUGCGGCGCCUUGCACAUUAUUCUGGAACGGUGUGAAGAACAUAUGCGGUAGUUCGAAAACCCAGAACAAAUCUACUAAGGAUAAAGAUGCCAAAGCCCACUUAAACACUUCAGUACACGAUUUUCAGGAGGAGAUGCCGCGGUUGCGCCUUCGCCGGACUCGGCGCCUUCGCAGGUGGAUGACACCAGAGGCUGAACAACUCUCUACCAAUCUUUGGCGUCAGGGUUUACUUCCACAACGAUCGGUCAAUUGCAAGUUUAUGCAGCCUUUGCUUCACGCGGAUGACAACCGGGCGGAUGGAACUCACUCCUCCAGCGUGGACUCCGAGCAAGAGGAUACGGAAUACGUUAUCACACAGAUGCAGAAGAGCAAGGAGUCUCUCACGAGAAACCAAAUGAUGAAUAAUAAUAACCCUCCUUCGAAGAAAUAAGUAGUAAUAACUGUUGUGACAAUUAAUUAGCAAUGUAUUAAGUAGGAUUUAUAUGUGUAUUUAGUUAUUAGAAUAAUUAAACAUUUCUGAUU